AGUCAAAAUUUAUUUUACUAUUAAAAAAACAUUUGAGCAAUAAUAAUAUGUCAGUUUAAAAAUUUAGUAAUUGUGAUCAUUAAAUUUUUGUUAUAGAAUCAAUUCCUGAAAAAAAGUAAUGGUUUAAGAGUAUCAUUAUAUUAAACCUAAAAAAUACAUUUUUUGUUUUGGAAAUUAGAAUGGAAAAUGAAAUACAACUAGAUUUAUUUAACUGCAAGGAAAGGUUUUGCGACGAGAACAAUAGUUGGACUUUAAAUUAUCAAAGUUUGCCAAUAAUUAUGUCUGGUUUGAAAAUGGAUGGUAUAACAUCAUCGUCACCAUCAUCAUUAUCAUCAUCAUCAUCAAAUUCCAUAACAUUCCAAUCAGAAGCAGUAUUUUCAAUAGCAUCAACAUCAGAUACUCAUCCACAAAAUAGGGAUUUUAAAGAUUCGGUUAGUUCCUGUUCAGAUGAUGAAAAUGAAUCUGAAAAUUAUAGAAAGAGUGAGAUUGAACAAAGUCCAUUUAAAACUAAAUUCCGUGAAUUAAGAUCACGGGCAUGUGAAUCGAUUAUGAAAAUAAAUCAUAGAACAAUAACAAAACCAAAGAAGUUAACAAAAGAAAUAAAAUUAACUCCUAAUGCUAUAAAAAAAUUAUAUAUACAAAGUGGCAAAAAACUUGGUAGAUUUAAACCGUCCAAUUUAGAAACGAUUUUUGAAGAACCUAUCCAUGUGACCAAUUCAAAUGAACAAGGUUUAUUAGGUAAAAGGAAAUUAAAACGUAGUUUAUCAUGUUCCGAUGGUCUAAAUAUAACAAAAGCAACAAUUAAAAACCGCCGACAAAAGAUCAAAAGACUUUUUGGUAAAAGAUUUGCACUGAAAAAAAUUAAUUUGGCCGAAUUUAAAGAAAAACUUAAUUCUAGCAUGGAAGAAUGGGAGGAUUUAAAUGAUAAUUCUGAAAUAUUUGAAAAGUGAAAAGUAACUAGCAGUUUAAGACUGACUUGUAGUUAUAAUGAGAUAAUAGAUUAGUGUAUUUGCAACUAGAUUUAAUAAUAUAUUUUGAACAUUA